AUGACCGAUGUAACCUACAGUUACUCCAGGCUCCGCAGAGAGUUUGGGCGGAUGCCGGAGUUUCAAGCCAAUGAGGGUGAAAUUCUAACGGAGAUUGCCCCCAACCGUCCUUUAAAGAAUCAAUACACGAGAUUAGAUCCGUGCGAGACUGAAAUUCAGAAUGUACCUUCACUCUCAGAGACAGGCACUAACACAGAACGUAUUAUGUUGCGUCAUCAUGCUCAAUCACAUACAGAAGGUGGUUGGCCACAAGGUGUGGAUCCCACAGAGUUUGAAGAAAAGAUGAAGUAUUGCAAGAAAGUGGAAAGAGAAGAAAGCUACUUAUCAUGCUGCCGACGUCUGGUUAAUCAAUUUACCGAUAAAUAUAUUAAACAAAACAAUGCUAUUGAUAUUUACGGUACUUACUUUCCUGAAGGUCCACCAGUGGAAGAUGAGGCACUAGGACCUGCUUCUGCAAAGAUUGUUUCAGUUUUUAAAGACCCUAGUAGAGAGAAACGUACGGCUGCGGCAAUUUCAUGGCAAAAUGAUGGUCGAAAGUUUGCUGUUGCUUAUUGUCGUCUUCGUUUUCAAAGUAAUACACCAACGAUGAACACCAAUUCUUAUUUAUGGGAUGUUAUGAAUCCUAAUACUCCUGUUGAAACUUUGGUAACCCAAUCACCACUCUGCAGUAUUGAGUAUUAUCCGAAGGAUCCUCAUAUUAUUGCUGGUGGAAGUUGGAAUGGUAUUGUACAAUACUGGGAUACACGUCAACCAACUCGUCCUUCUGCCCGGUCUCUUAUUGAAGAAAGCCAUAAAGAUCCUGUUUGGGCUAUCAAAUGGCUACAGAGUAAAUCUGGUGAACUUCUUUCAGUUUCUACAGAUGGUGAAGUAUAUAUAUGGGAUUGCCGUAUUCCAGACAAGCCAGUGGAAUUGCACAAGUUCCCUGAAGACUCAUUGACAUUAUUACCUAAGAGUAAUGAAGGAGGAUCUAAAGGUGUUCUUGGUGGACUUUGUUUGGACUAUGAUCCACAAGUUGGUGGACCAUCCAAAUAUAUGAUUGGAACAGAACAAGGUACCAUUCUUUCUUGUAAUCGUAAAGGUAAGACACAGGCAGAUAAGAUUGGACCUAAUACAUUUAAUGGACAUCAUGGUCCUGUUUACUCUGUACAACGAAAUCCAUUCUUUUCCAAGUACUUUCUUUCAGUUGGUGACUGGACUGCACGAAUGUGGUUUGAAGAUUUUAAGUUUACACCACUGUUUAGUACAUUCUAUCACAAAUCAUAUCUUUCAAGUGGUUCAUGGCAUCCUACAAGACCUGGUGUAUUUUUUACAACUCGUAUGGAUGGUUUCCUAGAUUUCUGGGAUUUGAUGUUGCGACAGUCAACUCCCGCGUUAAGUAUUCAAGUAUCUGAUUAUGCGCUACAUACAGCAAAGCCUACUGUAGAAGGAAGACACGUCGCUGCAGGUGGUAUCGACGGUAAUGUAACUUUGCUGGAACUUUCUCCCUCACUUUAUACUAUGAUGUCGGACGAAAAAAGUGUGAUUGGCCAAUUACUGGAAAAUGAAAGUAUUCGUGAUAAGAAUCUAGACAGGGCUGUAAAGGAGAAACGUGCGGUGGCAAAGCAGCGUCAGCGACGAAGCACUCACAUGCAGGAUGUUACUAGAGAAUCUGAUGAUAUGAAUGAAUGCCUGGAAAGGAUGACAGAGGAAUACAAACAUGUAGUACAAGAUGAAAAGGAACAUGAUCUGAAACACCGUGAAGAAUUGGAAUCAGAACGACGAAAACUAAUGGAAGAUAUAGGUGAUGGAAUUGAGGUGGACGAAGAUUAA